AUGACUUCACAAGAACCCCAAUCCCUCCGCUCCCUCUACGAAGCAGCCGAGGAAAAGCGUCGCGCUCUAGAAAACGCCUUCGAAGCAACAUCACCCACCUACCGCUCCGACUUGGAAGCCGCACUUUCGCUCUACGCCUCCGCGCGCGAUCAGAUCUCAGCUCUCGCCCUCUUCUCGCCUAACGAAGGUAUCGAGGACGUCUCUACAUCUGAUCUUCCCUAUCUUCUUCUCGACUCCUACAUCGCAGAACUUGUUCAGAAGACCCCUAAUCAGAGCCCCGAUUCGCGCCUCGAAAUCCUCGCCAAGUCUCGCGCCGCAUACGAGCGCUUCCUUGCCGCUGUCGACGGCUACGGGCUCGUGCAGGCGCCUUACAAUCGUGUUCUUGAGCGAUACCGUGACGAACCUGAGAGCUUUGCUGUGGUGGCGAGUAACGAUGCUUCGGCGCGGCGGGAUGGCAAGAUUGCGAAUUAUCGCGCGGAGAAGGCGCUGAAGGAGAAGCUGGAGAUGUUGAGGCGGAAUCCGCGGUAUGUGGAGGAGGGCGAUGAGGAGCUCGUGCGGGAGCUGUACCUAACGCAGAUCACCUUUGCGGUGCACUCUGCUCUCCAAGCGCUGGAUUCGAUGAACCGCGAGGUUGAGAUUCUCGCUCACGCGCCCCGACCGCUCGCACCCUCCACCACCAACAUACCAUCUGCGGAUGAUCACUCGUACCGUCUCGACCAGCCCCUCCGCCGCCUCCAGUCUCUCCAGGGUGGCCCACUGCUUUCGAAGCAGGGUAAGCCACUGCAGCCAUUCACACUUGUUGGUUCCCGAGACCAAAUGGCCCGAGACGUGUUCCGCUCAGGACACAACCUACCGACCAUGUCUAUCGACGAGUAUCUCGAGGAGGAGAAGAGACAAGGAAACAUUCUCCAGGGCGGCGUGGAGGAGAAGAAGGUUGUGGACGAGGAUGACAUCGACGCUGUGGAUCGUGAGAUGUACAAGCAACGUGAGUGGGACGAGUUCGUGGAUCACAACCCCAAGGGAGCAGGCAAUACUCUCAACAGGGGCUGA